AUGGAGCAAAUCGUCUUCAACUCACACACUUUCCUUUUAACUCUUUUCGCAUUGUUCCCAAUUCUCUUCUUCGCAAUUCUCAAAAAUAAGAUCAGAUCAAAAAAGAUAAAACUUCCUCCAUCCCCUCCAAAGCUUCCUCUCAUUGGAAAUCUUCAUCAGAUAGGUAACUUACCCCACAAGUCACUCCAGGACCUCUCACUCAAGCAUGGACAGUUCAUGUUCGUGAACCUUGGAACCACUCCAUACCUAGUUGUUUCGACCGCUGAUGCCCUCGAAGAGAUCACCAAGAACCACGACAUUACCAUCUCGAAUCGACCCACCAACACUAGCGUUUAUCCUCUAAUGGGUAAUGGUCAAGACUUGUUGUACCAUCCUUACGGAGACCACUGGAAGCAACUAAGGAAGAUCAGCGCAAUGCAUCUGAUGAAUAAAAACGUCGUGAACCACCGGUUUCAAACGUUGAGAGAUGAAGAGAUCUCGAGUAUGUUGGAGACUAUUCAUCUUUCGAGCCUAAAAGGCGAAGAGAUCAAUAUAUCGGAUAUGAUGAAUACUGUGGUAAGCAGUGUCCUCCAUAGGUCGUACACGGGUAGCUCCAAAAGGGAAGAAAAGGAAGGGCUCUCGAGCUCGAUGCGUUUCUUGAACUGGGACGUCAAGUUCAAGAAGCUCUUGGGAUCUUUAUGCGUGGAGGAUUUGUUUCCGAUCUUAGGGUUGAUGGAUAGGUUUACGGGUUUCAAAACUCUUUUAAAGAGUACUUACUUGGAGUUAGAUAGUAUUAUGGAGACUCUCAUCAGUGAAAGAGAGAAGGAGAGCUUCGUGGAUGUACUUAUUCAUCAACGAGACAACGAUAAACUUGACUACGACGUCAAAGCAAUCAUGCAGGGUAUAUUUGUCGCGGGUGUAGACUCUGUAGCAUUGGAGCUAGAAUGGUUGAUGGCCGACCUCAUCAAGCAUCCCAAAGUUAUGCGGAAAGCACAAGAAGAGGUACACCGCAUAGUUGGGACCAAAUCAAAGAUAAGCAAUGAUGAAAUAGAAAAAAUGCAUUAUUUGAAAUGUGUAAUCAAGGAGACAAUGAGGCUCCACCCUGCGGGAGUAGUUCCACGAGAGACAUCAUCUAAGUGGAUAAAAGUAGGAGGCUACGAUAUCCCUCCGAAGACCAAAGUAUUCGUGAAUCUGUAUUCUAUCCAACGAGACCCUAAACAAUGGGAAAAUCCAGACGAUUUUAUACCUGAGAGAUUCAUGGAAAAUAACAUUGAGUUCAUGGGGAGCAAAGGGUACAUUCCAUUUGGAUUUGGUCGUAGGAACUGCCCUGGUAUGGCCUUUGGUAACACUUUGCUCGAGGAGAUUAUUGUGAAUCUCCUUUACCGGUUUGACUGGAAGUUGCCUGAUGGUUCUAAACCGGAAGAGCUUAACAUGGAGGAGGUAAGUCAGUUUGUUAUCGCAAAGAAGUACCCUCUCAGGCUGGUUCCGGUUCAAAGGUUUAAGAGCAAAGCCUAGGGUUUAUGUAAUAAGGGUUUCCAUUUUUAAGUAAUAAAUGGGGUCAAUGCAUUUGGUUUGCUAGUAAGAGUGACAAUAAAAAAAAAAGUGACAACUAUUUAUUUCGGUUUUCAAUAAUGUUUCGGCAAGAAUUAGGCCGUUUCCUUGUGUAAGCAUGCUAUCAAAUCAUAUUAUUAAUCAAUUUUACGAUUAUUUAUCUA